GGAAGAGGAAAAUUUAGAAAAACAAGAAUCGCGUUGCUUGGCAACGUUGGCCUUCAAGUUGUUUGUUUGUAGUACAAACUUUGUACUGUUGGCAAUAGAUUUUCACCGUGAAUAAUGGCUGCCAACCUAAUUUGCUAGGCGUCCGUAAAUUUAUUUAUUAAGGUUAAGAAAUGUUUUAUUUAUUGGAAGCGUAAAUAUUUCACUAAAGAAGUGAACUUAGAAACGAAGAAAUUGUUUUUGCCCAAUUGUGCAAUUGCAAAUAUUUAAAAAUGUAUAGAACUGAUAAACAAUUUAUGAAAAACCCGGCGACUAACUCGUCAAGAAUUUACGUUGGACAACUACCAAAAACCAUUGUAGCAGACGACUUGGAAGCGAAAUUUAUAGGGCACGGUAAAAUUUUAGGGUUGCUGCUGCAUACUGGUUUUGCUUUUAUUCAAUAUGAGCAAGACCACGAGGCCCAUAAAGCCAUACAAAUGGAAAAUGGUUCGAUAUUGAAUGGGCAAAAAAUAGUUGUGAGACAGGCUUCCGAUAGAAGGGGUGGCAACAACCAACAACAAGGACCGUCAGGACCCCCACAACGCAACACAAACUUUCAACAAGGACCCAACUCAAGCUUCCAAGGUCCCAAUACAAAUUUUCAACAAAAACCAAACACCAGCUUCCAACAAAGCCCCAAACCAAGCUUUCAACCAGGCCCCAAACCAAACUUUCAACAAGGUCCCCCGAAACAGAACUUUCAACAAGGCCCCAAACCAAACUUUCAGAAUCAAAAACCCCCGAAUCAGCAGCAAAAGCCUCCACAAAUCCAGGAACCCAAAAAAACAAUUGUUAUCGAACCUCCACCUCAACAGGAAAACAAAAUUGAGGCAGAAGAAGAAGAAGAACCCCCCUACAUUAAGACGCCAAGUCAGCAGCGUGAGUCCUGGGGAGAUAACCAUGAUAAUAAUGAUAAAAAUAAGGACAAGUUUAAUAGAAAUCAGCCGAACCUUAACCGACCUCCACCACAUCAUGGGGGUGGAAGGAAAAACUUUCAAAAUAAACCUUUUAGAGAUGAGCCCCCAUUUUAUAAUGGACCCCCUCCACAGGAAAAGUUUAUCCCACCAGCAGCACCUUAUGCUCCAAUAGUUGAUGGCAGGGCUGAUAAGAAUGAUUGUGAGAUUAUUGUUGUUUCCAAACCAUUAACUGAGUAUGCAGAGUUCAUUGAAAACAGACUUAAACAGCUGGGGCUCAUAGUCGAUCUUCUGUUUCCGAACGAAGAUGUUCCCAUCGGUAAAGUUCUGGCGAAUAUUUCCAGUAGAGGGUGCUUGUAUGCGAUUUUGGUGAUGCCUCAAAACGAGGAGAACAGAAGCCUCACCUUGAACAUUCUGCAUGGGCUUCCACAAGAACAUAGGAACAUGCCUGUGGAGGACGCGCUUAUUUUAAUAACGAGAAACUUUGAGGCUUACAUGAGAGGAGAGACUAUUCCUGUUGAGAAGCCCGGGGAAAUGACUUUACUUGACAAACAUCCAGUUCAAUUGCAGAUGGCUUUAAACAUGUUGGCCGAAAAUCGCCACUUGACCAGCUCCCAGUACGACAAGCUGAUACAGUACUUGCAAGACAGACGCGAUCUGCAGUAUCAGUUUGAGGUGGCGGAGGGCAUAGAUCAGGAGUCGCAGGAAUCCACCAGCAAGCAGGCCGAACUGCAGAACCGGAUCAUGAACAUCCUCAACAAGGGGCCCGACUCCGCCCCAAUUCCCAUGUCGAUAACGGCAACGGAGCCCGCGGCCCCCGUCGAGGCCGCCCCCACCCCUCUACUGAAAGACCCCACCGUGCAGAAGGCGUUGGACAGCUUCCUAGGCGACAUGUUCAAAAACAUCUCGGAACCGUGAGGCUCCGCGAAGGGUUCAUGUAUUAAUUAAUUUAAGUGUUUGUAAUUCAAUUAAACGUAUAUGUGCACGAAAGCUUUUAUUUGCGGUUAAAUAACAAAAUCACAAAAAAUAAAGCUAAGCUCAGAAAAAAUUAAUUUUCUUAAAUAUAGUGGCAAGAUUACAUUUUUAUAGACGUUGUUUUGUAUAAUAAUUAAAUAAUACAAAUUACACUUAUGACUACACCUCAUUUAAAACCUAACAAUACAUUAAAAACAGUCUUACUGCAUGUUUUAUAUUGGCCCAGACCUAAAUCCAAAAAAUAAUGCGAAAAGUUACACCAAUGGCCUUAUACACAAAGCAUAGGUAAGAUUUGUACCAAUUAAAAACACUAUACAGUAGUCAGCAAGCAUUAGAGUUAUACUUGUAUUUCUGUGGCGUAAGAAAUGUAAAAAAACUUUUUUACUGCCUCAAUAAUUCAGAAUAAAGUUUAUUCUAUCAAUAAUUAACAUUGGUAUCUACUCUUAUCCUGUUCCAAACAUAUGCAAAUAAUAAUUCCAAUUUUGAGUUCAACAACAAUUUUUUGAUCGUUAAGUUUUUUCAUUGAAAAAGCAUGCAGGUAAAUCUAUAAAAUUCGCCGUUGAAAAUACGUAUCUCGUUUUUUGUGCUUAGCAAAAGUAUCCCAAGUACUGGUUAAAUUAACGUCAAAUUUACGUUACGCUUGGUUAAUUCAUUUAAGUUAUAUUGUACUACAACGUUAAAUUAACGUUAUUUUGUAAUAAAUGGAAAAUUCGAUUAUGGUAAAAUGAACGUUAUUUUAGUUAAAUUCAACUUCUUGGUUAAAAAUAAGGUAAUAUUUCGUAGUUUUUGGUUUAUUUUACUCUUUUUUAACUCAUAACCGGUUAUUUUAACUCUAUGUAAUUAUAAUUUACCAAAUAUGGUUAUGUAUUUCUAUAAUACCUAUGUAUCUAUAAUAUAUGAGUAUACAUAAUACUUUUAUAUUUUAAAUGCGCUUUGAAAAAAUAAGAUGUAUAGAAAAUAAAAAUUAAAUCAAAUAUUUUGUUUUGCCUAUUUUUGCUUUAUUUUAUUUGAAAUAGAUUUAAAAUACUUUUAAACAUAAAAUAUUAUAAUGUUUCAUUAUUUGUUUGUUUAAAAUAGGUUAUUUUUGGAAUAAAUCAAAUUAUUAAAAUUAAUGGCAUUUCCUUUAGUUAAAAUGCACAUUAUUUAAACCACAAUCCACAUGUGUGGAUUGUGAUUUAAACCAUUUUGUUUUUUAUUGUAUUUACUUUACAAAUCCAAACUAUGCUUUAUGGACGCGCGGCCAUCGUGUACAUGGUUGCCAAAAAACUCUACCUAUUAAAUAGGCCGCCUAUUUGUAUAGUAUUUGUGCUAUGUUGUCUUGGCAAAGAGUAAAAAAAUAGUUGAAGUACAGUCGUAGCCAAUAGAGUAUCACAGUACCAAAAUUUAGGAUUUCGAAUUUAAUGACUAGCUAAAAAUAAAUAAAUUAAACAUUUUGCCUAGAAAGAUAUGUUUUAAAAAUUACUUUUCAAGGUUCCCAAUGUCUAUUACAUUCUGGAUUGUAGUGGUUUUGAUAAAACAUGCCAUAAAAUAUUGUAUACACGUUUUGCUUGAAUUAGUUACAAAAACGUUAAUUUUGAGGGUUCUGUUAAUCUUAAAACAAUAUUGCAGCAUUUAAUUAAACUAAAUAAUCUAUUCUAACAAUAAUCUCAAUAUUUUUAUCAGAUCAAAAUAAAUUUAAGUACAAAUAUCACAAAAAAAAAUACUAGAAGUUUUAAAAUAAUUUAAAUAAAAAAUACUUAGUACGAGGAAGACAGUAUGUUAAUAUCAAAUUUCGAAAAAUUGUCAUGUUUUGCAUGAAAUAAUUUUAUAAUAAUUAAAAUAAAUAAAUAACACAAAAAAGGAACACGUAAAAACUUAUUGACUAUGUUUAUAUCUUAACUUACCAUAUUUAGAAUAUAUUUAAUAAGGCGUUAAAAAAACGAUAUAUAUCUUAGAAUAUGCCAAAAUAAGUCCUUUUAGUUAAAACUUUUUAAGAUAAAACCAAGACUCACCUUAAAUAUUUUUUCUGGAUGUAAUUUUCAUAGAAUACAUUUCAUUCAAAAGUUUUAGGCCUUUGUUUUAAUGUGUUUUCAAAAUAUUGCUCUUUUUGCAACACAAUAAAACAAUGUUUUCUGAAAAUUUUGGAUUUUCAGAUUGAAAAUACCCGAUUUUGGACAAAUCGCAAUAUUUGCGCUAUUUAUAAAAAUGUAUAAAAUAAAAAACAUAAAGUCUGUAUAAAUUGUAACAACUUUUUACAACACAAUAAAAUAAUGUUUUCUGAAAAUUUUGUCCAUUCAGAAAUAUUUUCGAUUGAAAAUACCUGAUUUUGGACGAAUCGCAAUAUUUGAGCUAUUUUUAAAAAUUUAUAAAAUAAAAAACUUAGUCUCAGUGAUGAAAUUAUAACCAAACAUUUUAUUAAAUGUUUUCCAAAAAUUUUGGAUUUUCAGAUUGAAAAUACCGUAUUUUGGACGAAUCGCAAUAUUUCAGCUAUAUUUAAAAAUGUAUAAAAUAAAAAACUUAGUCUCAGUGAUGAAAUUGUAACCAGACGAUAAAAUAAUGUUUUCCAAAAAUUUUGGGUUUUUAAAGCGGUCUCUUCUGAGAUAUUUCAGAUUGAAAAUACCCUAUUUUGGGUGAAUUGCAAUAUUUUAGCUAUUUUUAAAAAUGUAUAAAAGAGUAGUAAACCAUAAAGACUAUACCCAGAAAAAAGGUAAGUAUUAGUUUUAUCUUUCUUAAACAUUUUUAUUUGCAAAAGAGAAAGCAACCUUUUUAAAUUAGUUAAAAAAGGCGACAGGAAGAAAUAAUAAAACAUAAUAAGAUUUUUAAACUUGAAAUUGAAAUUAAGAGAUGGGAUAUUACCGAUGGUUUAUUUUUGCAUAUUCCGAGGAAAUUCAAUGUUAAAAUGAAAAAAUAUACCGUUCACUUUAAACACCCCAAUAUUUGACCUAAACCAAACAAGCAAAAAAUAGUACGACUCGUUCUCCUAUGUUUCUUCGUAGCGGUGCUUGUCUUCGUUCUUCCACGAGCUUACCUGUAUGUGAGGCGGCGGCAAAAAGCUGCGCAGCGAUUGGAUCAACUGAAUUGUGUCCAUCAGGG